AUGUCAGGCAACGGGUUGUACAAGUAGACAGACUGGUCUAACAUCGACCAUCCCUUGCAGUGCUUCGAUCGUCUCGGCGUCGUUCCUGCUCGGCGUGCUCUUCACGACGAUCGUCUGGGACAGCUCGCUUCUCUUUGGCAAGCAGAUCCUGACCGAGGGGACCGUCAGUGCGGUCGAGCACUACUACCUCACCUGGUGGAACGCCGAGAUGACCGUCAAGGUCAUCCUGCACGUCGUCGUCAGUCUCCGUUCCACUGCUGCUCGUCAAGCCUUCCGGGGUGCUCGUCGACAGCAUCGCAGUGUCGCUGAAUGCUAUCGUUCUCCAUCGCUUUGUUUGGUAUUUAGGUCAGCAUCCUGUUCAUGUCGCUUGUGGGCAAGUUCGCCCGCAAGUCCGAGACGGCCUACUACUUCUCCGGCGCAUCAUUACGUGAGUUUCCGAGAUAAGGGUAUGCAGUGGGUGAUUGUCAUCACACAUAUAUGCUGACACUUUACUUCCGAUCGCUACAGUCCUGAUGAUCUUGGUUGCUUCCGUCUAUAUCGUCAUCACGAUUCCCUCGAUCCGUCUGAUCGCUCAGUAAGUCCCAAUUUGCCUAUCGCAACCCCCCACCCACCGGCCACUCUCCAGAUGGGGAACUGACCGCCGCUUCUCCUCGACCCAGGGACCCGCUCGACAAGUCUAUCCUCGCUUCGAGCAUCCCCGAUACCUUCACGCGUCUUCAAGCCUACUUUGCCAAGUCCAACACGGGACCUUUGGGUGAUCGAGCCCGCAAUGCCGCCGCGGCUCUGCGCAAUGCCGAACCCAUGGCCUGGGACAAGCGAGUCGAGCACAACUCGGUUCUCUGCGCCGGCAACACCAUCAUCGCCGCCUUGUUGGUCGGUGUCGUUGUUCUGCAGAUCUCGGAGUGGUACGUCGAGGAACAGCUCGCCAAGGAGAACGCCGAGUUGGCGGCUCAAGGCCUCGCCCCCGUCGUUGCUGUCGAGGCUGUUGCUGUUACCGAGGAGAAGAAGACGCAGUGA